GAGGCUCUGCAUGCCAAGGAACGGGCCCCUCUCUCGUCUCUGCUUCGGUGCUGCCUCUCGGCGUCGUCCUGUUUCUCCAUCUCCGCACGUUGGCUGCGUUUUCACACGGGGGUUGGUGCGCGUGGUUGUGUGUUCGCGGGCGUUGGGUGCCGUUGUACGCCCCUUUGUACUCUGAUCCGUGUCUGAUGGCGGACGACGUGCGGAGGGUCAGGGCGAGCCCGGGCGGUUGUGCCUGCGUGUAGUUGUGCUUGGUACUCGCGUUUGUGUCUGUCCAGUUGGAGCCGUGUCUGCCCGGGCGAACGUCCAGGCGCGGUUGCGGGUGUUGUGCGUGUUCGAGUGUUGCUGCUGUGUCCGUGUGUCAUUGUGUGUCCGUCUCUCCCUCCCCUCUCCUGCCAGUGACAGAGCGGUGGCUGUGCAGUUGCCGUGGAAACACCAAAGGCCUUGGCCGGGUGACGGACUGGGGACGGAGGGGUGUCAGCUCUUUCUCUCUCCAACUCCCCACCCUGAGCGCCCCUUCGCCAAGACCCCCGACCCCCCCAAAAAAAACCCUCAUCUAGGGACUCCAAACAAGUCCCCAUCACAAACUAGAGGAUCUUCCCAGCUCCCUGCUCCUCCUCCUCCUCCUCUGCAGGUUCCCCCUGACUCCCCCUCGCUGGGGGCUUCCCAACCGGGACGGACCCCGGCCUUUCCCCCCCCGGGAUUCCAGUGGCCACCCCCUUCCCCUUCCGUUCCCCCCCCAUCCCUCGCAAAGAACAUUCUCCCCCUCCGACAGCCGGAAAGGAGGCCGGGACGGGGCCUACCAGGAGCAGGCGGAGUCUGUGUCUGUGUGUGUCUGCGUGUGAGUAGAUCUGUGUGGGUUCCGAACUCGGGCCCCCAUCCUCAGUCACUUGGGAGUGAAAUCCUGUCUGUCUCUCUCCCCGUCCCCCACCUCCCCAUCUCUUCCCCCACCUUCCUUCCUCUCUCUCCAUCCCCUUCCCCAACUGUCCCCCAACCUUGUCUCCCCCGUCUCUCCGCCUGGCCCUCGACCCUUCCCCUCUGUUUCCUCCCCUCCACGGCCAGGGUCCUCCCGCUGCCGCCGCCAUGCCGCCCUCCCGGCCUGCAGCCGUGCUGCUGCUGGCGGCCUGGGCGGUCUUGGCCUGGGCGGCGGGCGCCCGGCCCGCCAACCUUUCGGCCGCCCCGUCGCCGGCUGCCCCGGCUCCCCCGGGCGGGGCCCUGCCGGCCCUCCUGGCCCACCUGCGUCGCCUCACGGGGGUCUCGGCCACGGGGAGCAACGGGACGGGGGGCGGGGGCGCGGCGGCCCGGGCGCCCCCGCCAGCCGAGCUGUGCCACGGCUACUACGACGUGAUGGGCCAGUACGACGCCACCUUCAACUGCUCCACGGGCUCCUUCCGCUUCUGCUGCGGCACCUGCCACUACCGCUUCUGCUGCGAGCACCGACACAUGCGGCUGGCCCAGGCCUCCUGCUCCAACUACGACACCCCAGUGUGGGCCUUCACCCCGCCGCCCGCCGGGCCCGGGGGCGGCCCCCAGGCGGGCCAGGCCGGCUGGCUGGACGGCAGCCGGGCCGGCGGAGGGGCGGGCGGCGGGGCCGGGGGCCGGCCGGGCGAGGGCCCCGGGGGCAGCACCGCCUACGUGGUCUGCGGGGUCAUCAGCUUCGCCCUGGCCGUGGGCGUCGGCGCCAAGGUGGCCUUCAGCAAGGCCUCGCGAGCCCCCCGCGCCCACCGCGAGAUCAACGUGCCCAGGGCUCUGGUGGACAUCCUGAGGCACCAGGCUGGGCCAAGCUCCCGCUCGGACCGUGGUCGCAGCAGCUCGCUGACCUCUGGAGGGAUCGGCCCCGACAAUGGGCCCCCCCGGCCCCCCAAGAACCUCUACAACCCCGUCAAGAGCAAUCAUGAAAACCUCCACCACAACUACAUCCACUUGAACAUCAACAGCCCCAAGCACCACUCGGCCACCCUGGACUGGCGGGUUCCUCCCCCGCCGAGCCCCUCCCUGCAGUACUCCACGCUCACCUGUUCCCGCUCUUUCCACAACCUGUCCCACCUGCCCCCCUCCUACGAGGCGGCGGUCAAGUCCGAGCUCAAUCGCUACUCCUCACUCAAGAGGCUCGCGGAGAAGGACCUGGACGAGGCCUACCUGAAGCGUCGCCACCUGGCCGAGCUGAGCCGGGGCACGCUGCCGCUGCAGGCCCUGCGCCGGGGCGGCCCGGCCGGAGCCCCCUACUGCGGCGGGGACGGCUGGGGGGUCCUGGAGGAGCCCGGCCUGGGCCCCAACCCCCGCCGGGUCAUGUCCCAGGAGCACCUGCUGUCCGAGGCCGGCCCCCGCGGGCCCUGCUACGAGCUGACCCUGCCGCGGGCCCGGCUGGUGUCCCCGGAGCGGCUGCUCCUGUCCCGCGAGGCCCUGCAGUCCCAGGAGAGGCUGCUCCUGUCGCCACCCCGCAGCCCCGCCGCCCUGCCACCGGGACCGGCCGCCCCAGCCUCGGGACCUCCCGCACCCCCGGGCCCGCCUCCGCCGGGCCCUGACCUUCCCCGCGGCCUAGCCGCCUCGCAGUCCAACCUGCUGCUGGCCGGGGGGCCGCCCACGCCCCUCCACGCCACCCCCGGCCUGCCCCCGCCCCACCUGCAUCACCACCAUCACCACCACCUGCACCACCACCACGGCUCCCCGCAGCCCGCCGCCUGGGCCGGGGGCGCGGGGGGCGGCCCCGACGGGGCGGCCAACCCGGGCACCCUGGGCCGGCGGCCGGCCUUCCAGCGGCAGGGCACCGUGGAGCAGCUGCAGUUCAUCCCCGGGCACCACCAGCCGCAGCACCUCCGCACCGGCAGCAAGAACGAGGUCACCGUCUGAGCCGCGGGGCCACCGCCGCCCGGGGCCUCCCACCUCCCAUCCCUGCCCGGGACCUCGUCGCUGGAGCCCGGGCCCUCCAGGGAAGUGGUGGUGGUGGUGGUGGGGAGAUGACGUCACAGAAGGCGCCUUCCCCUCUGAUGACAUCAUCGGCCGGGCCGCCUCCAGGAGGGCCACCCCUCUCUUGGGAAGCCCCCCUCCUCCCCGGAUCCCCGUGACCCCUCCUGUAUGGGGGGGGUCUCCUUCUCCUCCUCCUCCUUUUCCGUUGCCCUCGAGGUGACCUCAUCACCAAAGGCUCCUCCCCUCCUCCGUGACGUCACCUCCAGAGACCCCCCCCACCCCCCUUGGCAAUAGCACCGGGGACCCUUCCGGCUCCGGUGGCCCCUCCUACUUUGUAGUGUCACCCCCCCCACCAAGAAGGUCCUUCCACGGUGACGUCAGCUUCAGAGGCGCCAUCCUCUUCAGUGAUGAUGUCAUCUGCAGAGGCCGUGCCCGCUCCAGUGACGUCACGUCCAGAGCCCCUCGCCUCGAAGCGCCGCCCUUCUCCCCUAAGACCCCUCCGAUGUUGGCGGCAGGCAGCCUGACCGGACGGAGACCCCGUCCACUUGUCCGGAGAAUCCUGCCUUGUGGGCGAAGGCUCGUCCCCGCUCCAGCAUCCAAACUGCCACUGGCUCCUCCGAAGGCCAGUAGUCGCCGAGGGUCCCCCCAACCAGCUAUAGAGCCAGGUCGGGUGGGCGCCAAGCUAAAUCUGGCACAGCUGGAGCCGGGUUUAUGAACCCUUCCGACACCCCAGUAGCCCCACGGUUCUCCCGUCUGGGGCCGGGCAGCUGUGGCCCGGUGACCGCCAUCCAUCCAUCCGACUGGACGCGAGCCGGGGCCAGGCCAGAAGUGACUCCGACCUUACGCGUAGGGGGCCGCGGCCCACGAAGCCAACUGUGGCCCUGCCCCGAAGGAAGCGAGGCCCGGACCGCUUCCAGUUCAGUCCGGACUCACUUCUCUUCCAGCUUGGACCCGGACCCGUCGUAGGCCCCAAGGUUCGGGAUCCCGUUGGUGGGAAUUCCAGCCCGAGCGGGGCUCUAGCCCUGUGGCGUGGUGUCUUCUCCAGAGACUUCAUCCUCUUCGGUCCUGACGACCGAGGAUAUCGUCUCUGGAGACUCCCCCCUCAUCUCUGGAGUUCCCCUCCUUUGGGACGUCACCUCCAGUGCCUCUCCCUCCCAGUCCGUCCGUCUCCCCUCCCCCGUCGGAGACGUCCUCCCGCCGGACCGUGACCCCUCCGGGAGGCCGUUCCCUUUCGGUGGCUUCACUUCCAGUGGCCACCUCGGUGAUGCUGUGCCCUCUGUUGUCUCCGUGACCCUGGGGACAACCUCGCCCCAACUUGGGAUGUCAUUUCUUCCCGGCCCCCGAGGAUGCCACUUCCUCCUGCCCAGAUCUCGGAUGACAUCGCUUCCUCUCGAUUGCCUCCAGUGACGUCGUCCCUUCCCGGUCCCCUCUCGAUGAUGUCAUGGCCUUCUUGACAGCCUCACCCCUUCCCCUCGUGCCCUGGGCUGAUGGCCCCGAGGCGCUCUUCCCACGGUGGGUGGGUCUGUCCGCCGCCCGCCCGGUCGGUGUCCCCAGAGGCCGUGGCCGUCCAUCCCCCACGACCCCCUCUGUUGCUGGCGUCUGAUGACCUGACCGGUGGCCUUUGAGGAUGCCCGCCCCGCCCAGGGCUGAAGGUAGGAAAGGGUUGGUGGGGGGAGGCAGGCAGCCCCCUGUCCCCCACCGACUCAGACUAUUUUCCUUCCUCUUUCCCCAAUCCUUUGCUUCCCCUACAGCCUCCUGGGGUGGGGGUGGAACUCCCGCCCCCCCGGGAAUGCACAAGGAUGCCCCCCCAAUCCCACCCUGUGUACAUAGCCAUGAUGGGGGGGGCGGUCACCCCCCCACACUAAAGGGCUAAAGUCCCCCACCCAGCCCCCUGGGGCAAGGCGGGGGCCUCCCCUUCCCCUCCCCGAGCCGUCUUCCCCCAGUCCUCAUGUUGGCAUGUCCGCCCUCCCUUCCAUCUGCCCUCCCGCCCUUCCUCCUUCC